CGGGGGGUUUCUUUUCGGUGCGGCGCUGGUGGAUUAUUGAUCGGAGAGUUCUAGUAGGGGCGGGUGUUUAUUGUUUUGUGAUCGAUGCUCGGGGUCUGAGUGAAAGAUGGCAGAAACAGAAGUUAACCCAGUAUUUUUGCAGCAACUGAUGGAGCUGGGCAUCUCUGAAGAUAAAGCCAAGGAGGCUCUGAUUAAAACUGGGAAUCAGUCCAGUGAUUCUGCUGCUCUGUUUUACUUCAGUGAACUUGAAAUGUUUUCUGGAUAUGAGGUUGGUGGAUCUGAGAAUGAUGUAUUUAAGAUGGUGUUUGUUGUGAACAUGGAAUUGAGCAUGGGAAUAGGAAAGGUUGCAGCACAGGUGGCCCAUGCUGCUGUGGGUCUAUAUCAGGUGAUGUUGGAGGAGUCAGGCAACUUGCGACAGAUGUUGACAACAUGGGACAAUGAUGGAGGUAAGAAGAUAGUAUUGAAGGGGCACAGCACUGAACACAUCUUAGAGCUUCAAGCACAGGCUUGUCAACUGAAGCUGCCAAACUUUCUUGUACAGGAUGCUGGAAAAACCCAGAUUGCUGCUGGAUCACGCACAGUCUUGGCAAUCAUGGGUGAGGAGAAUCUGGUCAAUCAGGUUACUGGAAGUCUUCAGCUCUUGUGACACAAACUAAUAUUGGCAUCUACACAGGAAUUGACUGUUUGAGGCAGUAAUAAAUGAAAAUAACUAGGAUAUGGACUGGAAACCUACUUGGUAAAUGGAUAUGCCACAUUCAAGCUGUUACACAAUUGUAUUAUUGAUAUAUUUGCUUCAAAGUUUGAAGGUUAAAAUGCUGCUUUCCAAACAACAUAAUCUUGUUUCAAUGAUGAUUUUGGAUGUGGUAUAGUACAUGUAUAUGACUUUUUGAUGGAAUGCUUUAUGAGCUCAAGUAAUCACAUUUAUAAGAGAGGAUGAAGCAAUUGACCAGUGACUGAACUGUCUUUAUCAAGUCAAAAGCAGCAAAUUAAUGACUUAGUUUUCCACUAAUUUUGGAGACAUUUUGAUCAGUAUCCUGAUCCAUUCAUGCUCGACUUGGAUGUCCAAGGUUGCAUGAAGAAGCGAAUAACAUGAAUGAUGACCCAAUGGACUACAGAGGAACCUCUAUUAUCGGAAGGACACAGGCGGGGAGUAUUUCAUUCAGUUAAUCGAAUGCCGGAUAACAUAGUUUAGCCAAGUGUUGGGACCUUGUGAUCUUGCUGGGUAAUCCAAACCCAGAUAAUCAGGGUUCCUCUGUAUUUCUCUCAAAAUGUAAGCACGGAGUAUAAAUUCUGUUUGUGUUCAUUUGAAUUGAACUACACUGGUUCUGUAGUUCCACAAACUGGCUGGUAGCUAUACCAGGGAGAAAGUGAUCAGAGGCGAAGAGUAUGGUGCUGGAAAAGCAUAGCUGGUCAGGCAGCAUCUGAGGAGGUAAACAGUCGAUUCUCCUGCUCCUCUGAUGCUGCCUGCCUGGCUGUGAUUUUCCAGCAGCACACAUUUCAACUCGGGUAGCUAUACCAUUCAGGAGAGGAAUGUCUUAAACUUUCACAUUCUGUUCAGGCUUCUCUCCAGAGAGGUUGGUGCAGAACUGAGCAAGUGUAUCAGAAACCAAAUUAGAAUCCAGUAAUUGGUACUUAAGUUGAACAAUAGGAUUUAUAUUUGGUUUAUACUUUUUGAAGGACUAGAAAUUACAUAUUAAAAGUUUGUUUCUAAA